AUCUAGAGCAACGUUUGUUAGACACUGGUGAUUUAUUCAAUCUCCAAUAUACAGAAGGCUAGAAUUUUUUUUUUUUUUUUUAUAUUUUUGGUAAUAAAAAGUUUAGAAGUUAAAGAAAAGAUCAAGAAAAGUUCUACUAUUUUUUUGGAGGAAUAGUUUUUCAGAGACCCCAAGGAGAGGAGGAAGCAAGACAGAAGAAAAAGCAUAUACCACAAAGGAGUAUUCAAUGGCAGCUACAAAGACUUUUGUCCUCAAACUGACCAUGCAGUGCCAAUGCCAAGGAUGUCAGAGAAAGCUCAAGAAUCUAUUGCAGAAAAUUGAUGGGGUACACUCAACUUCCAUAGAUCCCAACCAAGGGAUGGUCACCAUUACAGGUACUGUAGACCCACAAAGAGUCGUAAACAACCUUGAAAAGCAAUACAGAACAGAAGUCUUGUUGUUCUCGGAACAAAGCCCACAAAUGGACAAUCAACACAACAACAACAUGCAAAUCACUGUACAACCACAAUCACAAAAACCAGUUGUUGAAGAGUUUGAUGACCAAAACUUGGUGGCUCAAAUGCAUCAAUUUGGUGGAAUUCGAGGAUUGAAACAUGCGGAGGUGACCUAUUCCAAGACUACAAAGUUCACAUUCAAUGAUAACAAAGAUGAUGAGCUGCAGCAUGGUGGUGGUGUAAACAAUUUAUACAGCAGUGGGAGCUUUCCACCACCACCGGAGCUGCCGCCACAGGAAUCCGAUUAUGGUCCAUCGGCACCUCCAUCUGUAUACGGAUAUCCUUACACAUUUGAGGAAAAUCCGAACAGAUGCACAUUGAAUGCACUUCUUCUUUCGCUUAAUUUGGGUUUUGCAAUUUUUUUAUUCUUUUUUUUCAGGCAGUUUUAAGUUCUGAAAAUUUGUGCUUUGUAAAUUGUUGUUCUCUCCAUUUUUCUUUUUUAAUGACCUUCAUCUGCAAAUGGGUAUUAUUCCCUUGCAUAUGUUUAAGUUUUGUUUUUGUUUUUUUUGUGGAUUCCACUUUGAAAGUUACGUUGUAAUAAUAACGCUCUUCGUUGUAUUAAAUUAUUUAUUUUUUCUCA